AUGCAGUUCAUCCACGCCUCCCUCGCCGCUCUGCUCCUGCAAGCCGUCGGCGCUGCUCCAAACCCCUUCCCCCUCCCAACACCCGCUCCAACCCUCCAAAUCCGCCAACAAUCCAACACCACCACCUCCGCCCCCACCGCAACCCUCACGGGCGAAUUCACCGGCGUCGACGGCGGCCUCUACGAAGUCACCUCUGAAUCCGGAUACGUAAUCGUCGCAGGCCAUACGCUCUCAGCCGGAGGAGCGGAUGCUCUGGUCGGGAAUGGCGAUGUCACGGUUGCGUCGGGAGGGUUCCUUGCGAAUGGUCAGGCGAUUACGUUCUUGAGUAUUACGAGUACGUCGAGUACGGCCGUGUCGACGACUUCGGCGAGUACUGCGGCCAGCACGAGCAGCGGGGCGGCGAGUGGUAGCCAGAGUGGGACAGCAGCUGCGGCGAGCUCGAGCAGUAGCAGUAGUCAGGCGGGUGCUGCUGCGACUGGAGUGCCGUUGGCUGGGGCGGUGCUUGGUGGAUUGAUGGGCCUGGUGUUGCUGUGA